GCGACGCGAACGGGGCCUGAAAGAGAGAGAGAGAGGGAGGGGCUCCCGCAUCGAGCUCUCCUGCAACCGUCGCAAGAGCCGCGGCUUUCCGUGCGACAAUGAGGAUGCCGAGGACGGAAGGCGGUGACGGGGAGGGGUGCACCCGGCUGCCCCCGGUCAGGAACCCCUUUGUGCACGAUCUCCGCCUGUCGGCGCCGCAGAAGGCGAAGAUAGCUGUUAUGACUGUGACUCUAUUCCCAAUUCGUCUCCUGCUGGCUGCUUUCAUGAUGUUGCUGGCUUGGCCAUUUGCAUUCCUCGCUGCAUGGGGGCGUAUUGAAAAAGAACCUGACAAACCAAUGAAUAUGUGGAAAAAGACAUUGGAUUUUCUGCUAAAGGUGAUAAUGAGAGCUAUGUGGUUUGCGGGUGGCUUUCAUUGGAUUAGUAUAAAGGGACGCCGUGCAUUGCCAACAGAAGCACCAAUAAUGACCUUAGCACCACAUUCUUCAUAUUUUGAUGCUAUUCCAGUUACCAUGACCAUGGCUUCCAUUGUAAUGAAGGCUGAAAGCAAAGACAUCCCUAUAUGGGGAACUUUGAUAAAGUACAUUCAGCCAGUCUUAGUGUCUCGAUCAGACCAGCAUUCACGCCGAAAAACAGUUGAAGAAAUAAAGCAGAGAGCUCUGUCUAAUGGCAGAUGGCCUCAGGUAAUGAUAUUCCCAGAGGGUACAUGUACCAACAGAUCAUGUCUGAUCACCUUCAAACCUGGGGCAUUUAUUCCUGGAGUUCCUGUGCAGCCUGUAAUCUUGCGUUAUCCCAACAAAAUGGAUACAAUCACUUGGACCUGGCAAGGACCUGGAGCGUUAAAAAUCCUAUGGCUCACCUUAUGCCAGCUGCAUAAUAAUGUGGAAAUGGAGUUUCUGCCAGUUUAUACACCCACUGAGGAGGAAAGGAAAAAUCCCAUUUUAUAUGCAAACAAUGUCAGAAAGGUAAUGGCAAAAGCUCUUGGUGUUCCUGUGACUGACUAUACAUUUGAAGAUUGUCAGAUUGUAAUGUCCGAUAGCCAGUUGAAGCUACCUCUGGAUACUUGUCUGCUAGAAUUUGCAAGGCUUGUCAGAAAACUCAAUUUAAAAGCCGAAUCAAGUUGAAAGGAACUGGAUGAACUUGCAGAAAGUGCCAAAAAAGAGAGGGGAAAACGGAUAACUCUGAAGAUAUUUGCUGAUUAUUUGAAGCUGCCAAUUAAUGAUGCAUUAACAGAUAUCUUUGCACUUUUUGAUGAGAAUAAAGAUGGAACAAUUGAUUUCAGAGAGUAUGUGAUUGCCUUGUCUGUAGUAUCAAGACCAUCUAACACUCUUGAAACAAUUAAGUUGGCAUUUAAGAUGUAUGAGUCAGCUGAACAAACUAUAGAUGAUGAUGAUCUUGCCUGCAUUCUGAAGACUGCUUUGGGAAUACAUAAGCUUGAUGUAUCAAGCUUAUUUCAAGCAAUUGAUGUUACUCAGAGGGGAAAGAUCAGUUAUAUGGAUUUCUACAAGUUUUCACGUUUGAAUCCUGAUUAUGCUGAGGAUUAUCUUUACCCAGACCAGAAGAUGGAUUUCAUAGACAGCAUGGAAAAUAAAUUUGCUCCCACUGUUAAUGGAUUUUGCACUGACUUCUCGCCUGAGGACCAAGAAGGGGAGAAAGAAGAAAGUACCUUAGAUAAAAAGCUUAACUAACUCCUUAGCGAUGAACCUUCUCCUGGUGAGAAGGUCGACCUAGUGGGGAUCCAUACAUUACUUCUAUUAACUUGACUAAAUGUCUUUUCCUAUAUGAGCCUACUGCCAUUUUUCUGUAUUUAUCAUCUCUCCAAUAUGAUAUUUGUUGAACUUGGAGACGGUGAGUUUGAAAGAAAAUUUAACAUGUCAUCAGAACCAUGAUUGUGAAGAUGCUUAUUAUUUGUACCUGUACUUGAAGGAAACCAAGCACUUAUUCAGUUCAAUUUUCACGUCUAUGGUAUGUGUUAUGGUGACUAUGCAUGUUUAUAACUUGUAGCUACAGUUGUGAUAGCUCAUUUUGUUUUUUUUAAUCCAUUCAUUUGUCUAUUUUGUCUAUGCUUAACUUUAUUACAAUAGCUUUUGAAAAAAAGUUUGCAGAGGUUGGGGUAGUGGUGUUUUUUCUGUCAGUGUUACAAUAUAACAAUCUUUUUUGGUGUGGUGCAUUCCAUUCUGUAAUGUGCUAGCUUGGGGUAUUGUUGAAUACUUAAAUAUUAAGUAUCAUCACUCUGUUCCCUGCUCUUGCUGUCAUAACUAGAGAGGAAAAAUGUUCUAAUGUGAAUGAAGUAAAAAGAACAUAACUGUAAGGAAAACUACUAGUAUCCAGAUUAACAACUGAAUAUUUUUCUGGAUGUGACUAUGGUACCCACAGGUUAAUUCCUUUACAGUUGCAUAGGAAUUUUAUUGAAAGUGUUGUUGCAAUGUUGGAAUAUACAUGAAGGACAUUGUCCCAAAUAAUUCAUUUGAUUGGCUGUUUUGAGCAGGGAAUCUUGUGGGUUUUGUUGAUCUGGUAACAAAGCAUGUUGUCUGAUGUGUGUAAAUAACAGAAAAGAACAAGAAAAUAAGUGUUAUAAUGAACCAAUAAGGACAUGGCCAUACAAUAUAAACUAGAUGUCAAUAUUUUGAAUGUAGACUAAACAGUUGUGCAUUGUAUGUGACAGUAGCCAAGGGUUAGGCAAAGUUAUUUGUCUGGUUCUAAAACACAAUGCAAUAAUCAUCUGAUGAGAACCAUAGAUUCACGUGCUAACCAGGGCAUUCUAUGGUGCAUUCACGUUCUGACUCGCCUUGUGGCUUCUUCACUAUUUAUAAUCAAGGUUACUAUAUUUUUAAAAUUUAAAUCUUGGGAAUAAAUGGGAAACAGUCAACUUACACAUCUGAUAGUGGUUUAUCAGAAAACAGUAUAAUUUUUUUUUAAAAGAUGGAAAAUAGACUGGCUAUUUAAAGAACAUGAAACUAAUGAGGUUCUGAAAAUGUACAAUCUGAUCAGUGCUGCUUCAUUCUGUAGACAAAAGAGACUACCAGUGUUGGAAUCUAGACCAAAAGCAGAAUGCUGAAAGAAUUCGGCAGGUCAGUCAGCAUUUGUGGACGCAAGGCAAUAGGUCUAAUCAACAUUUCGGGUCAAGGCCCUGCAUCAGUCCUGAAAUAUCAUCUUGCACCGUUUGCCUCCACUGAUGCUGCUUUGACCUGCUGAGUUUUUCCAACAUUUUUUUGUUCUAAUUCUGCUGUAAGGAAAUGCACUGCAGUAUUUCCCUGCUUUUGUGAUGUCACAUGAGAAGCAGAUUAGAUUCUUUAAAAUAAAUUCAAUUUGCAAGAUAUCAUGGUAUAUUGAUGUGCUCUGAGGAUUGGAUGUCCCCGGAAUAGCUAUUUUAACAAAGAUGUGGAACAAAUGAUUUGCAUCGGACAUGAAAUCAUUCUCAGGAAAGCAAUUAGCUGAUGUAGCUGAAUACAGUAGCCAGGUCUGUAUUGCUCUGAAGCACAAUCUUGGCCUUCUAUGAACUGUGGUGGUAAAACCUUGCCACAAGGAGUCAGAGUUAUACAGUAGACUCAGUUAAUACAAAUUAAACCAGUUCUUAUUUUACCUUCAGGAGAUACAAGAGAAAGGGGGAAGAGUUUUUUUUGUAUAGAAAGCAAAUUAUUUCAACCAAGGGAGAAACUGAACUUUGCCCAUUUUAAAGGUAUUUUGUAGUACUUUUGUCUCAUGUUUGUCAAGUAUUUGGUGCCAAGUUUUCAAGUUGCAAUGAAAAUUGAAUUUGCUUUAAUUUGUUUAUGGUGAAAGUUCAGGAAAACUGUAUUUUGCUCCAUAUGGGAUGCAUUUUAAUCAUCUACUCCCAUUAUUUUCAAUGUAAAAUAAAUGCCUGUAAACUCUGCCACCUUUUUCUAAGCUCCCCAGUCCAAUGUACGUGAAUUUUAUUCAAGGGGAUCUCUACAAAUGAGAAAUAUUACUUCAUUGUGUUUUAGGAUGUUUAAAUCUGUUGUCCUCAAAAAUAUUAUAACUUCUAUCCCAUCUGGCCAAUCGAUUGUGUAUAAUCACAUACGUCGCUUCAAGUUAAUGAAUGGGCCAUUUAUUGCUCAAUCUGUCAUCUUUCAGUCUAAGUUCCCAUAAUUCAAUAUUAACUAGAGUAGAUUGGUGCUGAGUAAAACCAGUUACUGAGAAAAGUAUUGAAGCAGAUUAAGAGAUUAUGAAUUUUUAUUCUUGGGAGAGUCACAGAGGAACAAGUCAAAGUUAGUUGCCUCAUUUUUGAUAGUUAAUACUGUAGCACAUCUUUUUGUGAAUUGAUGGUGGAUGAUAUGAAACAUUUAUUGAUGAGCAUCCUGCGGUAUUAAUACAAACUUUGUCAGAAUCAGGAAAAUGAUUGAACUGACAUGAAGAGGGUAGGAGGAGGCAAUUGUGUGUACUGUGAUUAAAAAUUAAUGUAGAAUCCUACUGAAAAUAUACACUGGUACUGCCACAUAUUAUCAAAUUGUGAUUUCAGAAUUAUUUAAUUUUUAAUGUUAUGCAGAUGAAUCCUUUGAAUGAUGGUGAAGCAAAUCAACAUUUUUGAACCUUGGUACUGCAUACAUUUGAUGUUGAGCUGAGAUUCCUUUCACAAUCAAGUUUGACAUUUGAAAACAUACAAUCUAGAUCUAUAUGUAAUAAACCUCAAUGAGGAUUACAGUGCAAUGGGAAGGGUUUUGAUUUGUCAAAAUGUGGACAACUCUAAAUGAACCAUGAAUUUGCAAUGUUUAUCGUGCUUUGAAAGGUAAUGUACUUUUUCUGAGGAUUUUUCAAUAUUAUUUUGUAUGUAUAUCCAACUGAAUCUGCAAUUUCCCUUUUAUAAACUUCAGUGAAGGUUGAUGGUCACAUGAUUUUAAACCUGAGAACUGUACAGUUUCACUGCAGUGUGAAUGAACAUUAGUAAUGUAGAGAAGUGAUGUUCAAAAAAAAAAAAUCCUGUGAAGAUUAGACAUUACUUGUUGGCAUGAAAAAGUUAGGAUUUACAGUCAACAACCUAUCAUGAUUAAAAUUGUGAUCAUAGGUUUGUGGGAGGUUAUUUUUUUUGAAAUAACUUUGCUAACAUUGUGAAUCAUGUAACCAUCUCUGGUUGCUGCAUCUUAAUUAUGGAUCAAGUAAUUGCAUACUCUGAAAUAAUACAAUAUGAAAAGUAACAUUUUUAAUCAUGUAACUCCAUUAUCAGACAUGGUUCAUAUUGAGUUUUGCAAUCUUUAAAGUGUAUUUUUUUUGAGAAAAAUACCUCAGUAGGCACGCUGUCCUGUGUUCUUGGUUGUCUUUGAAAGGAUCCAUGAAAUUGUGCAGAAGGCUGCUUAUUUUUUUAACUACCUGUUUACUGCUGUAUUUUGUAUUCACCUUGAACAAAAUUUGACUUGUUACUUUGUUAAUGCUUUAUAAUGGAUUAUAUAUGGAAAUCUGUUGCAAUAACUGACGUUUUUUUUCCUAAGUUUAGCUUGUACAUAAAGGGAUUACUGCUCAAACUUGCAUUGGAUUUUGUGUUUCACGGUGAAAUUAUUUGAUUUGUCUGUGAGUCCAGAAUAAAUGGAUCAAAAAGUG